AUGGUUGACUUUUCACCCGAGGAGCUGGAGUAUAUCCUCAACCAGCCAGCCCAGGAGUCCCCCGAUGGCGUGUACCAAUUCGACAACCCGCCCAAUUCAAAUGCGAAGGGCGUUAUACCAGCCAGCAUUUGCAUAGCUAUUGGUACGCUUGCAGCUUUGUUGCGACUCUACGCCAAAAUUGCGUAUCUUGGGAUAUUCAUCAACUUCAUUCUACUCUCCGAGAACCCAGGCCUCUGGGUCCACACCUGGGAUAUUCGAAUCAAAGACCUCGAGCCUUAUAUCAAGCUCACGUAUGCCCUCGUCACUUGCUAUUCCUGCUGCAUGAUCUUGAUGAAGGCCGCGGUUCUUCUUGAAUGGAAUCACAUCUUCGUGCCUACUGGUGGACGCAAUUGGUUUUUCUGGACGAGCUACACCGUCAUGUUCAUGAAUGCUGGCUUAUAUAUUGCCGGUAUCGUUGCAACCUGGAAGACGUGUACUCCGAUGGAAAAGGAGUAUCGACCUUGGGUUGAUGGUACCUGCAUCGACCGCAAGAAGAUGGACGAGACUAUCAUUGUCUUUAAUCUGGUCUUUGACAUCCUGAUUCUGCUUCUUCCGCAGAAAGUCAUCUGGGGUCUCCAGACAAGGAACAAGAACAAGGUUGGAAUUGCCCUCGUGUUUUCUGUGGGUUUGAUCGCCUGUGCUUGUGCCGCCGGCCGAGUCCAUGCAACCUUCACCCUGAACUAUGACGACGAUGCGACUUAUUAUUCCCCGAUAGCGGAACUCUGGGCUAUUGCGGAGGGCACCUGUGUUUUGCUGAUCUUCUGCAUCCCCAAUGCACCAAGGGUCUUCAAGACUGACGAUCAUCUCAUUACGAAGAUUGCACACUCUGUGCGAUCAUGGUCCAGGCUUCCGUGGGCGUCGCGAUCUGGAUCCCAGUCCAGCCUGCCUCGAUCAGUUCGCAAGCCGAGUCAGGAAGGAUCUCAAGGUGACGGCCAAGGAGCGGCUGACAGCAUCCCGCUCACUGAUUAUGACGGUUCGCAUACGAAUGUCAACGGUCAUUUCAAUCCAGCAGAGCAGACGACAUUCGGAGCACUCCCAAGCCACCCCGAGUCUCACACGGCAGCGAACCCUUACCAUCCAUGGGACCAAAAUGCACCAAGGCAAACAUAG